GCAAAGACGAACGCCCAACAACUAAAUAAGCUGUCCACAUGGAAAAGUUGAUGAACCGUGAUGGGGUUGAGUUUUUGAUUUGUUAAUUUAUCAAAUCUUUGCAUUUUCUAUUUAAGUAUUGCGGUUGAAUCACUUUCUGACUCUGUCUUUUCUUUGCGGGAAAUGACGGAGAAUAAUUCAAUGCUUUUCAUAAUUUGGCUCAGCUUCUUGCUCCAACUUUAAUCCAAAAGCUCUGUAGCAGUCCAUCUUUCCAUCUUCUUACUUCUUUACAACUUGUACAACAAUUUUAUAUAAUUUAAUAUCAUACGUACACGUUAUAUAUAUAUAUAUAUAUAUUUUAUAUAAUAAAUAUAUAUAUAUAUAUAUAUAUAUAUAUAUAUAUAACAUCUUCUUCCUCAGAGAAAACGGAGCCAGAAAGACCAUACACCAUUUUCACAUAGAGAUGGAGAAAGCAUUGAAUAGACAGAGAGUUCUGCUUCAACACUUGAAACCCAUUUCUUCUUCUCAAACCUAUGAAUCUGCUACUCUCUCUGCUUCGACAUGUGCAGCUGGUGACCUUGCUGCAUACCAUCGUACAGCUGCUUCUGGAGACGACGUUGUGAUUGUCGCGGCAUGCCGAACCGCCAUUUGCAAAUCCAAGAGAGGAGGUUUUAAAGAUACUCCGCCUGAUGAUUUGUUAGCACCUGUUUUAAAGGCAGUGAUAAAGAAAACAAAUUUGGACCCAAGUGAAGUAGGCGAUAUAGUUGUUGGUACAGUUUUGGCUCCUGGCUCUCUAAGAGCAAUAGAGUGCAGGAUGGCUGCAAUUUAUGCUGGUUUCCCUGAUACGGUACCCAUCAGAACUGUCAACCGGCAAUGCUCAUCUGGCCUUCAGGCAGUGGCUGAUGUUGCUGCUUAUAUAAAAGCAGGAUUUUAUGAAAUUGGUAUUGGAGCCGGAUUGGAGUGCAUGUCAAUUGACAAAAUGGGCACUGUAACCCCAGCUAGCCAAAAAAUAGACAUCUUUGAACAAGCCCGCGAUUGUCUUCUUCCAAUGGGAAUGACUUCUGAAAAUGUUGCAGAGCGUUAUGGUGUGACAAGGCAGGAGCAAGACCAAGCUGCUGUUGAAUCUCAUAGGCGUGCUGCUGCAGCAAGGGCGUCUGGUAAAUUCAAGGAUGAGAUUAUCCCUGUCUCUACUAAGAUUGUGGACCCAAAAACUGGAGAGGUGAAGCCUAUUAUCGUUUUGGAGGAUGAUGGAAUCCGGCCAAGCACAAACUUGGCUGAUUUGGGAAAACUGAAGCCUGCAUUCAAAAAGGGUGGAUCUACAACCGCAGGGAAUGCUAGCCAGGUGAGUGAUGGUGCUGGUGCAGUCCUUGUCAUGAAAAGAAGUCUGGCUUUGCAGAAGGGACUUCCUAUUCUUGGUGUGCUCAGGAGUUUCUGUGCUGUUGGGGUGGAUCCUGCUGUCAUGGGCAUAGGUCCAGCUGUUGCAAUUCCUGCUGCAGUAAAGUCUGCUGGUCUUGAGCUCGACGAUAUUGAUUUAUUUGAGAUUAAUGAGGCAUUUGCAUCUCAAUAUGUAUACUGCUGUAAGAAACUGGCGCUUGAUACUGAGAAAGUCAAUGUCAAUGGAGGUGCCAUGGCUCUUGGCCAUCCUUUAGGUGCUACAGGUGCUCGAUGUGUUUCGACCCUAUUGAAUGAGAUGAAGCGCCGAGGCAAGGAUUGUCGAUUCGGUGUGAUCUCCAUGUGCAUAGGUUCUGGCAUGGGUGCUGCGGCUGUUUUUGAAAGAGGGGACUAUGUUGAUGAGCUUUGCAAUGCUAAGACCACCAAUACCACCAAGCUUUUGUCCAAGGAUGCUCUUUAGACUGAUUGAUGUUGCAUUUUUUUUUUUUGUAUUUUAUGCCCUCUUCUUUGUAACAAUGCCAUAUGUUCCUCAAAAUAAUUAUUAAUAAGGCUUUGAGGUUGCAUCUGGUGUUUGCAAUCUAAAAACAAAUUUCAUAAUUUCCAAUAGAAAUUAUGUUUUAAUUAUUUAUUCAA